GAAGACUACUACGUCUCGGCCUUUUGCCCAUUCCCGUAGUGUCAACCGUGGUAACACUGCCUGUCGGCCACCCGCACCUGCCUUAAAAACAUACUCAUUUCCCCUCUCCGCUACCAAAGACCUUCAGCCACCACCUGAACCACUUCCCACCUGCUAUUUUCCUGAUAUUCGAUCAUACGACUCCUCUGCUCGCCGGCGAAGAGGGUCUUAACACUCUCGCUGGAACCCUCUCAUAUCUAAUUCUUACUACGAUAUCUCUCUCUCUAUCUCUCUCUAUCUCUACCCCGUCCCUUGUCGGAGAAUCUCUCUCUUCUGUGCCUUCUCUCUGCCUGAUUCCUAAGGUCUGACAUAUAUUUGUCGUCAUCUGGCUCCUCUUAACUCUCGCUCCCCAAUCAACAUCAACAACCAUCCUUUGGGCGUUCAUCUGUAUUCUUCGUCUCUUCGUCCCACCGCCAAAUACCAGUUAUGUCGGUGGAACAAACCCUUUAUAGCCGCGAUCCAGCAGCGAUGGCAGAUCCCUCCUGUGCCGGCCCAGCUACCUUCACCACGGCAGGCGCUUUCUCACAGCCCGACUUGAUGGCUUUCUCGCUCCCAGAAGAAGAACCGAUCUGGGGUUUUGACACCAUCGCGCCGUCCAUGGCCUCGUGGCAAGGCAAGAUGGACCAACAGGCUUUUUGCAACCCCAACAUGGAGAGGGGCCUUAGGAAUACUCACGUCCGCAACGGACAACCCACGCCGCCUCCCUUUGAUGACAAGAAACUGCAGCCCCCUAUGGGGGAGAUGUACCCUUUGGCACAAUAUGCCUUCAACAGCUCACCGCCCGAGUUUACCCCCCCGAAACACCGCAGCAGUCUCAGUGAACAAUCGCAGCUAGAUGGUUACAGCGUCAGUACCCGACGUCGCAAAGCUUCGGCCGUCGAUCAGGGGGAGCAACAGCAAGAGCGUGAGAAGCGGGAAAAGUUCCUGGAACGGAACCGGUUGGCGGCCAGCAAGUGUCGACAGAAGAAAAAGGAGCACACGAAGCUCCUGGAGACCCGGUUCCGCGAGGUAUCCAGCAGGAAAGGCGAGCUUGAGACCGAGAUCGAGCACCUGCGCUGCGAAGUGCUCAACCUCAAGAACGAGAUGCUACGGCAUGCGCAAUGUGGGGAUGAGGCCAUCAAGCUCCAUCUCGCUCAGAUGGUCCGGAUGAUCACCUCCAAGGACACCCCCAACCGCGACCUGGUUUCUCCCAUGCGAUCCCCUGAACAGAACACGGCGUCCACUCCUCACGGGCUGUCAUUCGGAUUUGACGGUCCCAUGCAGCUGCCCUCGGAAAUAGGAUCGCCGUUGGAUCAGCGACGAGACUCAGAGCAGUCCAUUAUGACCGAGUCGUCCUACGCAUUCUCCACAGAUGACAGUUUCGAUGAGUUGAUCAAUGUUUAACGGGUCACGUCACUAAGCCUUAUUUUCCCUUUUUUUUUGUUUCCCUACUU